GCCCCGCCUCAGUGGCGGCCUGCAGUGGCAACGACGCGCGUGUCGCCUCCGACACUUCCGCCCCGCGCACCUAAUCCGCUCAUUUAGCAAGCAAACGCCGCAUACGGUGUGCUGGCGGUGGCAGCCCUGCGGCGCCGAGCCCCCGGGGCCGAUGCUCUGACGAGCCGGCCGCCUCCGCCCGGGCUCCUUCGAUCCGCGUCCGACCGGCAUGUGAUAUCGCGCCGCGCCACUCGACAAAAUGAUUGUGUGUUCAAUUGUUUACGUUAACGAUAGUUGAUAACCGGGAGGCCGACGCUGGCAUGCUAAUGUGAGUAUACACAAACCCGAUCAAUUUUAACGGCCGCAGACACCACGUCGCGUCCACGCGAGCACGCAAUUUUCCCCGUGAAUAAAUAAGCUAGCAUGUAAAGUCGUACAAGAAGACAAAGCGUAUUUAAUGUCUCGGAGCGGUUUUUCUGCAUUGCGACAAUGUUGGGUUAGGAAAAAGUUUUGUUAAAUUAUUAACGUGCGAGUGUGAUGUACUGUCGACGCGGCGGCUGGUGGCGGCGUAGAGCUGUCUGAUAGUGAGGAUGUUGUGACUUGUCGGCAGUCGGACUGUUGGUGGGGAGUCGUGGACUGGUUGUCGUGGUCGUGGUGUGGUCGCGCUCGGGGUGCUGGUCUCGCGGGGCUGGCGGCCGGCGCCAUGCGGUAGCGCGGCGGCGCGGCCGAGCGGCGGGCGACCACUCGUGCGCUCUCGGCUAUGUGCCCCCCUUGCGCUACACUGGGUGGUGUUAGCCUAAGAUGGUGUUGGCGUUGGUGGUCGGAGUGUUGUGCGUGUGGGGCCGCCUGAGCGACGCAAACCCUGAAGCGAAGCGGCUGUAUGACGACCUGCUGUCCAACUACAACCGACUGAUCCGGCCCGUCGGCAACAAUUCCGAUCGACUCACGGUCAAGAUGGGACUUAGGCUCAGUCAGCUCAUCGACGUUAAUCUUAAGAAUCAAAUCAUGACAACGAACGUGUGGGUAGAACAGGAAUGGAACGACUACAAAUUGAAGUGGAACCCUGACGACUACGGUGGUGUCGAGACUCUUCAUGUACCUUCUGAACACAUAUGGCUGCCUGAUAUCGUAUUGUACAAUAACGCUGACGGUAACUACGAGGUGACGAUAAUGACGAAAGCGAUCCUGCAUCACGACGGCAAGGUUGUGUGGAAGCCGCCAGCGAUCUACAAGUCCUUCUGUGAGAUAGACGUCGAGUACUUCCCCUUUGACGAGCAGACCUGCUUCAUGAAGUUCGGCUCUUGGAGUUAUGAUGGUUACAUGGUGGACUUGAGGCACUUGAAACAGACGCCAGACUCAGACCGCAUAGGGAUGGGCAUCGAUCUGUCGGAGUACUACAUCUCAGUAGAAUGGGAUAUCAUGCGAGUUCCCGCAACGAGGAACGAGAAAUUCUACUCCUGCUGCGAAGAACCGUACCCUGACAUCAUCUUUAACAUCACGCUCAGAAGAAAAACCCUCUUCUACACGGUCAACCUCAUCAUCCCUUGCGUCGGAAUCUCAUUCCUCUCAGUCCUCGUCUUCUACUUACCCUCAGAUUCUGGAGAGAAGAUCUCACUCUGUAUUUCGAUUCUCCUGUCGUUGACCGUGUUCUUCUUGCUGUUAGCCGAAAUUAUUCCUCCAACAUCACUGACAGUCCCCUUGUUAGGAAAAUAUUUGUUAUUCACUAUGAUGCUAGUUACAUUAUCAGUAGUUGUCACUAUCGUGGUGCUAAACAUAAAUUUUAGGUCGCCAGUCACCCACCACAUGGCCCCGUGGGUGCGGAAAGUCUUUAUAGAUUUUUUACCCAAAAUAUUGUGUAUACAGAGGCCAGAGAAACCGCCCGAUGACGACGAUGAUAACGAUAAACCAAGCGAGAUACUCACGGAUGUCUUCGGCCCGGAUGACAUGGACGGGAAGUUCAAAGAGUGGGGAUGCGAGGAGUAUGAACUUCCAGGCAUGCCUCCAUCCCCACCACCUCCGCCUGGAGGUGACGAUGAACUAUUUUCUCCACCUCCAGGUUCUCCGUGCCGAUUAGACUUAGAUGAUGGUAGCCCGUCUCUAGAAAAACCUUACGUGAGAGAGAUGGAAAAGACAAUAGAAGGUUCUAGGUUUAUUGCGCAGCAUGUCAAAAAUAAGGAUAAGUUUGAAAGUGUGGAGGAUGACUGGAAGUAUGUAGCGAUGGUGUUGGAUAGAAUCUUCCUGUUCCUGUUCACGAUAGCUUGCGUGCUGGGUACGGCGCUCAUCAUAUUCAGGGCUCCGACCUUCUACGACAACACGAAGCCUAUAGACAUUCUGUACUCAAAGAUUGCCAAGAAGAAGUUGGAGCUGCUGAAGAUGGGCUCGGAAGGGGACCCGGGUCUCUGAAAUUCGUCUUACGUCUUCGGCCACUCGCCGCCGAAGACGUUCUGGGAGCUGAUCGUCAUGUGGUGGCAUGGAUGAUCAAUUUAAGACUCCCAGUUGGGGAAUGUGAGGCGAGAACUAUGUGUUUUAGUGCUGUGUGUGGUGCCAAGCGCCCGGUGCGCCCAUGGACGUGAACACGCCGUAAGCGUAUCCUAAGCCGUCUUUUUAUAUAGAAUCAUUACAGUCGAUGUGAAACUGUCCGUCGAUGUUCGAUUGUCGCAGCGACCUCAAGCAACGGCCGUUUUGUGUUGACGCCGGAUCUGCCAUAACUAUUUUUAUAUUAGAAUCGCUGUAUUGAACAUUUAUACUUUAAGCGGAACGUAUUGGUUUACAAUUAUUCAACGGAACGAUUUUUUUUCGAGUAAUAAUUUGAUACGAGCGCACAAACAUUGUACAGAUUAUCUUUAGGUGUUUGUAUUAAUUUCUUGCGAUAGUCGUAUUCAUUUGGGAUGGUAACAAACAUAAAUAUUGUAAUAGAUUACUAAAUAUAAGAUUUACUUCGAAUAAAUCGAGCUCAAAUUCGUAUGUGUAAGUAAUGUAAAGUGGUAAUAUUCAAUGAAAAGUCGAUUAGAGUCAGACAUUUAUAAUAAUAGUUACGUGCAAACGUCCUCGAUGAGAGCCGGACUAUGUAGAUUAUGUACUAAAUUAUUAUGAAAUAAAAUUUGAAUUAUACAUUAUAUAAUAUUUGAUAAACUGCGUACUCGCGUAAAAAUCAUAAGGACAAUAUCGAUACUGACGAAAUGUAAUAAUUUCCCUUUUGUAGUAUGUCAUAAGGGGCUGUAGAUACAGUUAGGUUUAAAGCCUAGUCAUCAGUAUAGUAAGACACUCAUCAUAAUGCCAGAUAGUCACAUCGCGAUCGUGAUAAUCUAUGAAUAGAUAUAAUUAUUUGUGUAACACAAUUGACUGCCAAUUGUAAGAGUAAAACAUUUUUAUAAAGAUCGGGUAUUCUUAGGUAGAUCGAUAACUUGUUUUAUUAGAUUUUUUAAAACGGAGUGCCAAACCCAUUCUACGUUACAUAGACAAGAUACGUUCGCGAGUCAAUGAUGUUGAUUUUCUAUAUGCGCUAACUUAAUUGCCGUUAGAAAUAUCUUUUGGAUUCGCUUAAAUAUAUUAUCAUGUAUUUAUAAGUAAAACGAAUGCUUGCCCAAAAUGUAACGACUGAUCAAUUCACUUUCUUAAAGCUUAAGUUCCACUGCAGCCGAUGAGGCUCGCCACACUUCUUCCGUAAUGAUAAUAUUAACAGUAUUUUCACUAUAAAACCUAGAGUACAGGGUAAAUUUAGUACACAAUGUCUCCUGAUUUAUAUUUCUCACAAAUUUUCACCGAAUGUAAAGUCUUUACUCACUUAUUGGCACUUUACCACUAACACUAUUAGAUAAUAAAUCAUUGUUGAGGUUUGUGACUUUAGUAAGUAAAUUAGGUAACAUUAUAUUAAUUUGUACCUAGAUUAGACUCGUGUUAGAUGUUACCUUUCGUUCUUGAAGUCAUGACUCACUAUUGUGUUGAUAUUACUUAUGACUUCAGUCGGGCGCAGUACGCGUCGUUAUCUCACUUCAACCCAUUCUGUAGGAUAUUUGUAGCAGUCUAAAGUAAUAAAAAAAAAUAUUUCGAGCCGCGUAUUUGAUAUGUCAAAGUAAAUCAUGAUAAUGUUUAUUAGGUAAUAACUUAGAUAAAACUCAGAGUUAUUGAUAUUAAUGAUGAAUAAAAUCCACAGCGAGCAGUUAGGAAAACAGGGAUGGAUAAUGUAAAAUUAAUAAAAAAAAUAAAAAACAAAUUGUUUUGUGUGGUUCGUCUUUGUAAUUAUAAGUGUUACUGAAUGUGUAUAGCUGUUUGUGUCGAGGGUAACGCGUAAAAUGGCUAGUCUAGGCUUAGAUACGUAAUAAACUAGAAAACGGUCUAACGUAUUAGACGUUGUGGAAAGCUCGCUGUGUAAAGGUUGAUCGAUAAUAUUAGCAGAAGUUUACAGUAACCGCUGUAUCACAUACGAACUGGCUCUAAAGGAAUUAUUGGAUGGAAUUGUAACGUAUCCUCACUUAAUUAAUUUUUCUAAUUGAAACAUUCACGUGGGUGGGGUAAUAAAAAGUAGGAACGUGCUAUUGCACCGCCGAAAUACACCAAUUUAGUGUUAUAAUAAUAACUAUUAAUCAAUAAUGGUUAGUUAAGUCCACUGGCUUGGCACACAGUUCCGUAAUCAUCCCGACUUUUAUUGUAGAUAUUUGCUAGAUAAAACGGUCUGUUGUUAUUUUUAUAUGACUGCAAAUAAUAUAGUUAGAUUUUCUAUAACACCAUAGAAUAAUGUUUAGGAUCGAGUGAAGUUCAGUAUGGGAUGUUAGAAGUAAGCAACAUGUAAAUACUUGGCGUGAAAUGGAGAAAAGCGUAGCUAGUUUGGAAGUGGGUUUGUCUUCGAGUUCUUGCAACGACACAGAAUAAAUUCAUACAAAUAACUCGCCUUGGUUAACUGCAAGUUUUGCGGUCGUAUACUGUCGAAAUUAAUGAGCUAUGUCAAUACAACGAUUUAUGGCCCAGUAAGUAUACGUGAACGUUAAUUUUGAUCUAAUUAAUUUCUCUCUUACAGACUUAACGGACUCUGAUUUUUGUAUUGAAAGCUAGGUAUAUAAACAUGGUCAUUAAAGUCACAUUCAAAGAUUACAUAAAAUUACAUAUUUCAUGUGUAAAGUGACCUUUACUUCUACGGUCACAUUCAAAAAGUUGACGUAAACACAUUGCAAGUCUGACUUACGACGAAUAGUAAAGAUCUUUGACUUCAUUUCUCAUAAAAAACUUUUAAGGAGUCCCAAAGAAUAAGUCCAGCCUCAAAUUGUUGACGUGGUCGUCAAAGCAUUCAAAAUCAAGAUUUGAUAUUAGUGAAUGGAACCUUUCCUACCUUUCAAGAAGUCUUUGCACCAAGACGUUACAGUACACCAUUUAAAAAGAUAUCAACUAGAUUUCUGUCGUCAGGCUUGCAUGAUUAUUUAAUUGUCAUAAUCUCAGCUGUAAAACGUCCACUGCUGUAAAAAGAACGCUCUUUGAUUUCCAAAAGGUGACUGUUGUUACUCAUAAUUUACUGUGCGUACCUAAAGAUCUAAAUGCAUUUUUACCCCAAAUAUUCUUCAGCUAAUAUUAAACGGUACAAAAAUCAGAGUCUGUUUAUUCAAUUUACAUACUUCUAAACGUUUCUUCAGUUUAAAUCCUUCAAAACUCCAUUCCAAAAACCUCGUUAAUAUUAAAAGUUAAUGCAUCAAGCUCAAUACUAUUACAAUUGUUUAUAUGAUCCAGGAUCUCAGUUUGUUAAACUUCGUCUAUGAGACCUUUCGUUACCAAAGUGUCAAGUAUUGUCUUUCGAAAAUUGUUAGUCACAGGCUAAACGCCUGUUUAAUUAUUAUAAUAUUUCGGGUGAUAAACGGGUAACUGAACGUAUAGGAUUUUGUCAUAUAAUUGACACUAGAUAGGUAAUAAAAACAAUAAACACAUGCUAGUACAUUCGUCAAUAAGAUUAUAGAUAUGAAAUAAUGUAUAUUAGCGUUAAGUGGUAUAUAAUUAUAAUAAAUGAUUAGCUUCUCAGUGUUUUUAGAGUUAGUCGACGAAUGAGUCAACUUGGAGACGCGGUGUCAGAUAAAUUUGUUAUUUAUUGUCAGCGUUGUGUUUCGUUACUUUUGAAUUUUUUAUGAAAAAGGUUGGGACUGUGCCAAAUAUUUGUUAUUCUUAGAAUUGUAGGAGAUUAGAAUAGACUUAUUGUUAUGUUUGUACGUUGUGUUUCGUCCUUUUAAUACUAAGCUUAUAUUUUAUGAACAAGUUUGUCUACAUCGGGUAAUAGAGUUGUGAACUCAUAGUCAGCUAUCACAUGGCUGUCAAUAAUUUUAAGAAUCAACUUACCGAAAUGUUGACAUGUAAAUAUAGCUGAUCAACAUAGAAAUUUAAAUAAUAUUUGUAAUUGACAAGUUAUUUUUCUACGUUCCUUUCACGUUACCCUUAGAGCUAACGUAGAAGUAGUGAAUGGAUGCCGUAGACUUAUUGACCUUUGCUUUGUCGGUAAAUGUUGGUACAGCAAUAAGAUCUUCAGAACUUUAGUCAGAAUUUAUCAUAAUGCAUUUCAUUUGACUUACAAAAUGUAAAUUAAUAUUUUUUGGAAGGAAGUCAGUAUAAUAAUCCGUAACGCUUUAUAAUUAGGUUUGAUGAAAUCUAGAAUUUCGGAUAGUAAUUUUCUUCUAACACUUUUUGGAUAUGCUUUAUUGCACGUUACCUUUCGUUUGCUUUUGGAAUCGUUUUAUCUUACUCUUUACAUAAUAAAUACUCUCUAUCUAUAAAUAUCGUAAGUUAGGCGUAUUUGCAUGUUUAAUCGAACGUCUUCCAAAGUGACGUAAGGUAUUAUUGUGUUCCUCUUCUAUUUGUUGCUUUAUAUGUUAUCUUUUAUCAACUUCAGAAUUAUUUUCACUGCCUUCUUCUAACACGUUGAUUUUGUCUGUAAAUCUCUAUCGAUUAGUCA